AUGAAUGUUUAUUCAUCACUCAACAAGAACAUUAUAAAUAAAAAAAAAUGUCAAGUUCGAGCUACAACUAGUAGAAUACCAUAUCGUGAACAAGUUUUAAUUGAUGCAUUUAAUACAUAUAUUCAAAUUGGUAUAGGCAGUCUAUUAUUUUUAUUUGGUCUUACAUUUAAUUGUUUAAGUUUAAUUUAUUUUCGAGCAUCACGUAGUUUUCGUCAUACAACAUUUCAACUUUAUUUUUCAAUUAUAUCAAUACUUGAUACAAUACGAUUAUUUGAAUUUUUUAUAUUUGUUUUAUUUGAUAAAGGUUACCUUCGAGUAACAUUACCAUUAUGUCGUUGGGUAUUUUUUUCUAUUAUGUUUACUGGACAGGCUAGUAUUUGGUUAACAGUUGCAUUAGCUGUAGAAAAAUGUAUUAUAAUAUGGUUUCCAAUAAAAGGUCGUUUAUGUUUUACAAUAUCAAUAUCAAAAAUUGUUCUUAUUGUUGUUCUUUGUCUUGUUUUUGCUGCUAAUGUUAUUUAUUUAUUACCAAAUUUUUUUUUACAUGCCUAUGAAAAUAUGUCAAUACAUACAUUUAUGUGUGUAUGGCAAACAGGAAGUCAAUCAUCAAGAACUAAAUAUGAUCAAUGGAAAAAACAUUAUUUUACAUUUAAUACAAUAUUUUUUCAUUCAAUUAUACCAUCAAUAUUAUUACUUGUUAUUAACUGGUUAAUUUUAUAUAGUUUAUCAAGACACCGUAUUGGUUUAUCCAAAAUUGGUUCAAUUGAUACACGACAUGCUUUAAAACGAGAAAAACAAUUUAAAGAAAAAACUAUACAACUUGUACUUUCAUCUUUUUUUGUCAUUUUUACGAUAUCACCAAGAUAUAUUUUAACAAUGGUUAAUGCAUUUGCAACUAGUAUUAGUAAAGCACCAUUAAUGCCAUUAUAUAUAUAUGUUAAUCUUAAUACUGUAUUUCGUGUUCUCGAAAUGUGUAAUUAUUCACUUAAUCUUACAUUUGCUAUCAUGAGCGGUCGAACAUCACGUCUUGAAAUACGUAAAUUACUCAGGGAAAGUUUAUUUUGGCGAUUUAAAAGAGUGAAAUCCAGUCGUCGUAAUUCAAAAAUGAAUACUCAUUCAUAUCUAUUCGAUGAUGAGGAUGAUGAUACAGAACGUUCAAUAGGUACAACAACAGGAGCUCCAUCUUAUUGUCCGUUAGCAACUCAUUCACAAAAUCGUCCGAAUCAUUUAUCUCAACAAGGUACUGAUAAUCCAAUUCAAACUAAACAAAAAUCUUCAUUUUUUACUUGUUGUGGUUAUUCGGUUGAUUUAUCACAUAAACAUUCACUACAUGCAUCAAAUGGUGAUAUAAUAUCACGUCGUGCAACAGUACAUCAAUCUAGUAUAAAUACUUUUAGUAAUAAUCAUAAUACUUCUCCAAGAAAAUCUCGUACUUAUUCACAUUCGCCUAAAUCAUUGUCGUCGAUUGAUCGUAAUUUACGACGACAACAAACAGUUUGUUAUAAAUCAAAUCAUGACAAUAAUCGAAUGCCAACACGACGACGUUCUUCAGCAGCUGUACAUUGUUUUCAACAUUUACCUUCAUCACCAACAACAUCAAUUACAAAUCGAUCAUUAAGAUUAAAUACAAAUUCGCCAUUAGUUCGUCGAUCAAUAAAGAAAGAAGAAAAAUAUUCAUCUAUUGAGAUAUUAUCAAAUCCUACUUCUGAUUCAAUUUUAGCAACAACAAAUGUAAAUAAUACGAUUAUGAAAUCAUCAAAAGACAUAACAGAUUCUACUGUACAUGUACAAAAUCAAAUAGAAGAACAACAAUUACCAGCAUAUAUUGUUGAAACAUGUUAA